CGAAGGUAUGCGUUGGUCAGAGGAAAGAGGUCGUUCGGGGUGGACUUGCGCGCACAAAACCUGUACACGACGAUAUAGGGUUAAAAAGUACAAAAGGUAUAAAAUCAAGUGGUCAGUUUUCGCCAUCGAGCACGCGAUUAAUUAACGUGGUUGUAAAAUGUGAAUCUAGUUAUUCGGACUUGGAAAUGCUUCUCGUGUAACUUUUCUCGAAAAUGAUGACGGGUGUUUAGGGCGGGGGUGAAGUUUUAGAUUACUAUGUGCACAAGUUUACUCAUCAAUACCGAUCAUACGCGUAAAUCGUUUACAAUUCUCGCCGACGAUGAUGACUCAAUGAACGAUCGUUUCGACUCGCAAGAUACCAGCAACCACUUGCCGUUUAUUUCGAAUAAGAUCAAAAGCGUCUAUCAUCAGAACUGUGUAAUACCUAACGAAGACUUCAGCAUACUUUAUAACUCGAUUGCCAGCAAGUUACAGCCUCCUUCUCAGCAUAUAACGCUUUUGAAUCCGAAUAAAAACUUGUACUCUCCUUCGAAGGAGUUCUUUAACAAAGUAAGCUCGAAGUUACGCGAUCUUCGGCCCAAAGUUACACCAAGGGAGGAGGAACCGCCGAAAGAUAUAUUCAAAAUGGAGAGACCCAUGUUUAUAACGACCGUGAAAUCGGGUACAUUUCUGGAGCCACCUCCCGAAGUAGCAGCUUUGCUCGGUUUGAGGAAAAAUAGCUUCAAUGGCAACAACACGAACUCAUCUAAUUCGUCUACGGGCAAAGCUCAAAAUAAUGAUCGAAUGUAUUCGUUCGCCAGUAAACCUAGAAUACUCAAAUCAAACCUGCACACUAAUUUCGCUUCCAGAAGUUUAUUCAGAGUUGAAAAUAGACGCGAAAAACGCGAGACUUUGAACGAACCUCUGCCUAAAAUAACGAAUGAUACGUCCGAAGGAGGAGGGCCUUCUUAUGGCAACACCAUGUUCGACAGAAGAGUGGCAAGAGGUAGUAAUUUUGCAGCUCAGCGUCCCAAUGUGAUAUCGACUGAACAUGUGCUCAGUCGACAGGCAGAAGCUCGAAGGAGAGCAGCAGUUCGACAACGAGCCCAGAUACGAGCCAGAAAAUUAAGGCUAGGAACACCACCUCCGAUAGAUGGCAGAAGACAUGGACAAAUUCAGACUGAUAAAUAUUUAGAAGAGUUAACCGAACGUCCUCCAGAUAAAUCCAUAGCCUGUCAAGCUGAUUUACCAGUAGAACAUCAUUCUCCAGUAUAUUCCUUAGACUCAAAUUCCAAUACCACGACAGGAGUCGAAGCUGAAACUCAAAUUUACCCCGGAGAUUUACCAGAUAUCGAUGACGAAUUACCUUCUGUUGUAAGCUCUAUCGUAAACAAAAUUUUACAAGAAGCUAUUUUAGAAAUUAAUGACGAAAUCGAAGUUCUUAGAUUACGAACUUUAGCUAGCGAACAAAAACGUGCAGCUGCCAAUCCAUCUAAUAACGAUGAAAAUGGGGUAAUUACCAAAGCUCAAUUACACAUGCUGAUUCAGCAAGCCAUCGACGAGUUGAAGAAUUCCGAGCAAACUGAAUCAAACGACAAAAAUUACGAUGAUAUUGAUAGCAAUAGUUUGCUCGAGAAAAUAUUCCAUGAAAUUAAAAAUAUCGUUACGGAUGUGAAGUUUUUAAGUGGAAUCAUCAAAACCCAAUUAGAAAACUGGCCCGAAACCUCGGAUCAAACCACAGCCGAAUCGGAACAAGCGGAGAACGAUCAAGCUGACGAUGAAAACGAUAACGUCUCAGAGUCUGGAACAAUUGAUCUAAGAAGAGAAACCUUAUCAGCAGCAGACGAGCAAGAAAAUCAAACUGCCGAUGAAGUCCUGCAACAAAUGGAUGCCGAGAUUGACGCUUACAAGACUGAUGAUGAUGAUUUUGAAGACGAGAGUAAAGACUUGAAUGAACCCAAUAACGAUGAAAAUGAGGCUAGUGAUAGGCGAAAUGACCUCGACACUGAUUCAAUUCGUGAUACCGAUAAUAUUGCCGAAUCAGAUACAACUAGAGCCAAUGAAGGAUCAGAUGAUAGACCUGGUUCUGCAAAUGAAGAAGGUAAUUCUACAACACAACCUGCUGAUGAUGCAGAUGAACCUACAGUUACUGCCACUGAAGUCAUCAUGGAACAAGGUGAUACAAAUGAUGCUGACAAAAAUGAACCUGAUGAACAAAAUGAAUCCGUCAGAGUUAGAAGAAGUAUAGAGGAAAACCAAGCCACCGAUUCUGAAACUGCCCAGACCAAUCAAGAAGUUCCUAAUGACUCGCAGUCUGCUGACACAAAUGAUGAACAAACUGAUACCAAGCGAGAUCAACCAUCUGUGAUUAUUUCUGAGCAUAAUGACGAAGAUUCAAAUCCAACAAAUAAUGAUGAAUCAGCAGAACCACCAAAAUCAACUGCUGAAGAACCUACAGAACCUACCAAUAGAGAUUCUGCAGAGUCAACAAACACCAAUGGUACACCAUUAGACAAUGCAAGUGCUGAUUCUAAUCAGAAUAAUGAUGAUCAAUCACCUGAAACUAAUAAUGAAACAGUUCAAUCAUCAGAAGAUGCCUCAUCAGCCGCUUCUGGAACCACGACAAUUGCAACUUUGAACUCAUCUGUUCUUGAUCCACCAGUCAAUGACUCAAAUCCUGAACACGACAUUGCAGUAACUGAACUGAACAGUGAUGGAACUGAAUCUGCAACUGCAUCUGCAAAUGACCAACCAACUGUAACAAUUCCAACUUUGAACGCAUCUGUUCUUGAUCCACCGGUCAAUGACUCAAAUCCAGCAGAUGAUAGUUCAACAUCAGAUAGAAAUGCAGAUGCUGAGACAUCAUCAGAAAAUAUCCCUCCAACUACUUCUGAGAGUAAUCAAGAUACAUUGGUAAUUCCAACUAUGAACAUGUCUGUUCUUGAUCCACCAGUCAAUGAUUCAAAUGAUCAAGCUUCUGAACAAGAACCUACUACUGAAAAUUCUGCAAAUGACGAUAACCAGAAUGAGAACAAUGGUGCUACCAAUUCUCCUGAUGAAAAUCAGAAUGCAGGGAACAAUCCUGAUGAUGGUGCAAACAACAAUAACCAAAUUUCUGAUUCCAAUGAAGGACAAACCAAUCAAAAUGAUCAGGUUUCCACACAGCCAUCAAGUGAUCCCGAUACCACAAAUAAUCAAUCAUCAGAAACACCCAUUGAAAAAGACCCUGCAUCUACAAAUGAAGAUGACAAGGAUGUAGUUGCUGUUCUGCCACCUUCUGCUGAAUCACCUUCAGAGAAUCAAGUUGAUUCAUCAAGGAAUCUCGAUGAUCAACCUGCUGACUCAUCAAUACCUGCAUCUACAGAACCAGAUACUACAUCUGACAACACGGCUUCUCAAGAUGAUCCCAAUCAAAACACGACUGACAAAGACAAUAUUUCAGAACAAAGUUCUUCAGCAACCACUAAAGCAGAUACAGAAAGCGUUGAAAACAACGAAUUACAAAGCAAUACCACUACUUCUGCAGAUUCUACAACCUCGACAGAACGUCAACAAAAUCAAUCCGAUGAUGAUGGAUCUUCACAAGACUCUGAGAAACCUUUAAACACGGGAAAUAAUACCUCUGCAAAUGACAAUCCAGACCAAUCCAAUGAUGGUGCUUCUGCAGGUGAAGCUGAUGAACCGAAACAAGAUUCUGAAAAUGAAUCUGUAAAUUCAGCUGCAGAUUCCCUCAAUGUAUCAGAAACUGCUACAGCUGAUGCAACAUCUUUGGACAGAGACAGUUCAAAAUCACCAGACAAUGACUCUUCAAAUCAAAUUGACAACGAUGUGAGGAACAAUAACGAACCUGAAACUCAAGGAAAUGAUAAACUUAUCGAAACCAAUAACAACGACUCGACCAUCCAGUCGAAAAAUCCUACCACGAUUGUACAAAAUGGCAGCAUCAUAACGAAUAGAUGAUGUAAGAUGUACACCGAGACACUUCUACUAAAUUAUACGAUUAAUUUUAAGUUAAAUGAGGUAACAUCCUAGUAAAUAUCAACACCAUCACCUUAUUCAUAAGGGUUUAAUAUUUUACCAGACUUGGAAGUCUCACUGCGAUAUUUUUAUGAAGCAGAGUACAAGAUGAGUGUAUCUUUGGCAAGCUAAGCAUUCUGACUGGCCAUCAGAAUAAGAUCAGUCAGACUUUCUCGAAGUCUUUUUUUUUCAAAUCAAAAAGAACGUGUAAAUUAGGUAAAGACUGGUGCAGUUUCCUGUUCAACUUCGAACUGUUACUCAGGAGAUUUCAAUGCAUCGUUAUACGUAUAACUGCACCCUAAAACAAGUGUAAUUUAUUUUGCUCCUUUUUUUUUUCGUUCCCGGGAAACCAUAUUGUAAACUAUAAAUAAAUUGAUUUUUCAUUUA